UCACGAGCAGCGAGAGCGAGGGGGGCGUAGAUGUCAACAAAAAUUCUUUGUGGUGAUUCCAGUCACUCUUAACUAGUUGUUUAAUUAUUAAAGCGAGUAAAGCGACGCAAUGGAUAUUGAAGAGAUGGCUCUCAUAGGGCCAGGAGUAAAUUUUGCCGAGAUUCCUGCCAUCAACCAAAAACGGACCCUGGCCUUCGUCAACUCAUUCAUCACCAACACCGUGUCAAUUUUGAACAACCUCGCCACAGUCAGCGAAUUGAAGCUGCAAAAGUUUGAGGAAAAACUGCAAAGAAUGGACGCCACUCUGUGCAUUCUAGAAGCAAAGCUCGCCUCAAUCCCUGGUCUGGACGCCCUGCCAGUUGUUACUCCUCCUGUUGAGCCUGUCCCUUGCGCCACUACGACAGCAGAAGCAGAGGUCGCAGUGCUAGAGGCGCCGCCGCCGCUGCCGCCUCCCAAGGUGGAACAAAUAAUACAAAAACAAGAUGAAGCCCCAGCGCCGGAUGACGAAGAUGGCACGGAGCCUGAUCCGGCCUACACCAAAUUUUUCAAAAUGGUCCAAUUCGGGGUUCCUCCUCAGGCAGUCAAACUCAAAAUGCAAUCAGAAGGACUAGACCCUGCCAUUUUAGACAAUCCAAAGUCCAUUCCAAGGGUGCCAAAGAGGAUACAAACGUCUGUCACGUCCAGCGAUGACGAUUCGGAUUAAACUAAAGCUUGAGAUAUUUGCGACAAAUACUUUAAGUGAAAUUUUAUCCAAAUAUGAGGGAGAAGUUUACAAUAUUGCCUCAAUAUUUUUGCUUCAUGAGCAUUCUGCAAAACCACAAUUUUUUCACAAUUUAGGGAUUUAUUUCCUCAUGAUUUGCCCAUCAAUGGAAAGUUUGCUACAAGGGGUUGGAAUCAUGUGAAAAAUCAUUGAUCAUUUUGAGGAAUUUGGAAUUAUUCUGUUUAUUAUAACUGAUUGCGGAGAUCAACCGUUGCUAAAUUUUACAAACAAUUUAGUCGACGUUGCUAACUGUUCUUAAUUGUUGGCCUGUAAAGAUCUGCUUUCAACGGCUUCUCGAUUGUGAUAAUAUCUAGGGUUGCAAAUUUGUUUAUGAUUGUGAGAUUACUCUCUAAAAUUGAAGAAUUGCUCAAAAUAUAACACAAAAACGAUGUUAGGUAGUAUUUUCAUCGGCCACAAACUUGAGUUAAAUUGGCUUUGAAAUGCCCUGCAUUUUUAGAAUAAAUAAAAUCGAAUUGUCAACCAUAGUGACUAAAUUAUCUAAGUAUAAGUGACACGCCUGCAAGGGUAUUCCAUGUUAAAUUAAAUUCUGUACAUUUUA